GUUAUAAUAAAGUAUUGUUUGUUGUGAUCGACAAACACAACACUUAAUAAUGAAAGUAUUGGUAAAUUUAAAUGGAUGUGAAAACUAUAGUAUUCGUAUCAAUCGUACGGAUAGUGCGGUUGAAUUGCCAUUCAAUGAAGUUUACAAUGAAAUUCGCAAACAAAUCAAACACAACAUCACAUCCAAUACCCAUGUCUUCGAGAUAUUUGAUAAAGACUUCAGUGAAUACUGUAUUAUAACGAGUGAUAAUCACGUGAUUAAAAACCUGUCGCGACUACGGGUGAGGACAAAGACUGUGAGCAACGAGUCCAUAGGUUUAGGCAUUAAUCGGGACUCAAAUGUUGGCCACAAAUACAGCCAUAAAAUACAGUACGAGAAAAAUGAGAUCAACUUAAGUGAAAACAACAUUAAUAAAUGUGAGGACAGUAUUAAUGAUUACGAGGACAGGGAGGAGAGGGAGGGCUCGAUCGCUGGUGAUAGUUGUUUCCAAAGUGUCUACACUGAUAGUGAGAUUAAUAGCGAUACUCUGUGGCCAUCGAAACCUCAAUCACCUGCACCUCUAUUGCCACAAAAAUUACCCCGAAAUGUGAUUAAAAAAUUUAACGCCGAGAAUGGUAUCAAGGUAGUGGACAGGGAUGAAAGCUCUGGGUUAUUCGUUGAAUUUCCAGCCGUUACCACACCUGCCAUAGACCUGAACAGCCAUAGAGUACGUUACUGUUUCGAUAACAUUAUAACAAACGCCGGGUAUUUUGUUAAACAAACGGCACGACUGCCCGCAACUGUAACCCCUAGUGUUGGCAAUGAGGGGCAAAAUGUAAAUCACUUUUCAUCAUUUAUUCAAACGUCUAAACCUUUAUCAACACAUAUACCCUCGUUAUUAGCGCCGGGCUCUCACCCCUCGGCGCCCAUCAACUAUCUGGGCGUUGAACUCAAUUUAGACACUUUCGCCACAACCGCCAGUUCCCCACACAUGGCAUACAUUACUUUCACAGCAUGUGUGAGUAAAGUAUGGGUGACGGGUAUGUUGUUUAUGUUGGCCGAUCACCGGGCGGUCAUACGGUUAAUGCAUAUAUUGAAGACAAAUACCGGCGCCAAUGAUUCAGACGUUAUCGUCAAACAAAUGACUAAAAAUUGUAAUAUGACAGACAACGGGUCGGAUUAUAAUUACACAUCAAACCCACUAUUAAACAAUAGUGUAGAUCCAACUCGCGGUAGUGAACAGAACCCGAUUGACUACUUGGGACUACCGGUGACGGGCAAACAGUUUACGGUAAACACCAGUUCUCCGCACUUGCCGUACAUGACUGUCAUUAUUAAAGUGAAAGGCGUGUGGUUUAGGACCGGGCACUUUGGUGCCGCCAACCACUUGGCCCUCAAUCUACUGUUACAACUGUUGGAUAAACACCGGCCCACCAAUGGUAGACCUAUGACUGAUACCGAGUGGACGCGUGUAGCCAACAAUAUGCACAGUAUUAAAGAUCCCAAUAAACCCGAUGUGGUGUUUGACCCGAAACUGUGCCAAAACUAUUUGCAAAACGCUUUGGACUUAUAUAAAAAAAUAUUACAUGAGUGUCGAAACAUGGAUAGGGCCGGCAUAGCGUUCCCCAUGUUUCAUACAUUUCACAUCUUUAAUACUGUAUCCGUUGUAUCGGACGACGAGUGCCACGAAAUUAAACGAUUGCGUGAAUUGUUUAGCAAAAAGUGUAAAACAGGUCCUUAUAUCGAUGAGGACAACGUAUCUGCUCUA